AUGUCCAAGGAUAAAAGACCUCGCCUGGCGAAGAAGGCCGGUGAGGUAUCCAACGGAAAACGAAAGCGGGUAACCUCUUUGCCGACUGCGGCGCCCGAUCACCGUGCCCCUCGGAUGCAACGUGCGGAAAGCGCACCCGCUGCCCCCAAGUCCAUUGAAGACGUUGCUCGUCUGUUCAUCGGGGUGGGCAGAAGCAGCAGCAGUGGUGGCGAAGCAUGCGCGGGCACGGAGAGCAUCAGCUUACAUAUGAAGAAGGCAAAGGGCUCCAUGAAGCGACUCCGCGAAGGCGCAGAGAACGGCACAGUGGGAAAGAAUUCACCGAUGAAACGGCAAAAGCGUUCUACAACCGGUGCACUGCCGUCUGCGACCACGAACAACGCGAUGGCCUUCGAGAGGAAGGCGGGUAGGCAGCCGAAAGUGGCGGGGUGCUAUGAGGUUGAUGAGGUCGACGAGGAGGAUGUCGAACUGUCCAAGGCUGUACAGGCACAGACGCUGAGCUUCCUGCAGCACUUGAACUCGAAGAGUAGCAAAGCCUUCUGGGGGCUGCGCGACGUUGCGCAAGGCAAGUUAUCCGCAACAACAGCCACGACUGCCAUGUCAUCCUCGUCCCCACUCCCGUCAUCUUCAAGAACGAAGGCCGCGAAGGGCAACGCCGAGAGGGCGAAGAGGCUGGCAGACGACGGAGAGGAGCUAUGGCGCGUUGGUGGCCCGUACAUCCCCAGCGAUCAGGCCGAUGACACCGAUGAGAGUGAACGGGAACGUGGGCACACCAACGACUUCGAAUCGCAGAGCUCCACGAGCAGCAGCGAGCCGUCCUGGGUGACGGACAGCAGCGAAGAAGAGGAUGGCGGCGGAAGCUACGCGGAGGGCUACGACGAGGCGGAGAUCGCUCCAGUCGCCGCUGGCGCUACGAACCGACGCAGCGCCGCAGAGCCGCCAAAGCGAGGCGGCGGUGGUGGCCGCCUAUUCCAGGGCGGCGGCGAUGGCGUCUGGGACGAGGAUUGA